GUGGGGCUGACCCGCGCUCUACCCGUCAGGCACCGCGCCGGGCGGCCGCCUCCCGCCCUCCCCCAGCGGCAGCUGAGGUUGCGGCGCCUCCGCCAACGCGGCCGCCUCCCAUCCCCCGGCGGGCGGGCCGCGGCCCCGCCGCACGUUGCAAGAUGGCUGAAUUAUUUAUGGAAUGUGAAGAAGAGGAGCUCGAACCAUGGCAGAAGAGAGUUAAAGAAGUAGAGGAGGAUGAUGAUGAUGACGAUGAGCCAAUCUUUGUUGGGGAAAUCUCAAGCUCGAAACCAACUAGUACAUAUAUAUUGAACAGAGUCAACCUCAGCUCAUCACGAAGGGGGAUACAGAAUGGUGCACCCAGUAGAGGUACAGUUACUACGUUCAAGCCUGACAGUCACCAUUAUGUGAUGCCUGCCUCCAGCCCCAGUGCCGUGCCUGUUUCAUCAGUCUUUCAGUCUGUAGCCAGACCUACUAGCUCUGUAGCAGUUCAGCCCUUGUCUAUACCGGUGGAUGUUUUGGGAACUUCGCAAACUCUGCAGAGACCAGUUGCUGGAUGUUUAUCAACACAGCAGAUGCCUGGGUCAAGUUCUGGAGUAUUGCAGCCUGUUAGCAGACCUGUAACCAUUCCAGUGACGACACAGCCAGGAUCAAGAAAUAUCACCAUUCCUGUAGUGGCUCAACCUAUAUCCAGGCCAGUGAAUACUGUGACAGCACAGCCUGUAAUGCUUGAUCAGGAUUAUAUUAUGGAUUCUCCACCAGAUGCACCAGAUAAUACAUCUGGUAUACUGUUUGGUGUGAGACAGAACUCGGGAGUUCCACAGUACCAGACUGGGCCAGCAGUGAAUGUAUCAGGUACAAAUGCUGUAUCAAGCACCAUUAAAAAUGGAGGACCUUUUCCACGUGCUUGUCCGAAGUGCAAUAUUCAUUUCAAUCUUAUGGAUCCUCUAAAGAAUCAUAUGACGUAUUGUUGUCCAGAUAUGGUAAAUGACUUUUUCCUGGAAGUGGCCAAAACAGAAUGUUCAAGCACAACAAGCAAGACUGCUGAAUCUGAGAAAGGAAAAUUGAUUAUGUUAGUUAAUGACUUUUAUUAUGGGAAACAUGAAGGUGACACCCAGCAGGUACAACAGGAGCAGAAGACUCAUACAACAUUUAAGUGCUUCAGUUGUCUGAAAGUUCUUAAAAAUAACAUAAGGUUUAUGAACCACAUGAAACAUCACUUGGAGCUCGAGAAGCAGAGCAGUGAAAGCUGGGAAAGCCACACCACCUGCCAGCACUGUUACCGUCAGUUUCCCACCCCAUUCCAGCUGCAGUGCCACAUUGAAAGUACACACACGCCUUACGAGUCAUCUACCAUUUGUAAAAUCUGUGAAUUAUCCUUUGAAACAGAGCAAGUUCUUUUGCAACAUAUGAAGGACAAUCAUAAGCCAGGUGAAAUGCCAUAUGUUUGCCAGGUGUGCAACUACAGAUCCUCAGCUUUUUCAGAUGUAGAAACACAUUUUAGAACAGUUCAUGAGAAUACAAAACAUUUGCUAUGUCCAUUUUGUCUCAAAGUAAUUAAAAUUGGAGCACCGUAUAUGCACCAUUACAUGAGGCAUCAGAAAAAAGGAAUAUACCGUUGCACUAAGUGCAGACUGCAGUUUCUAACAUGCAAAGAAAAGAUGGAUCACAAGACUCAUCAUCACCGAACAUUUAGGAAACCUAAACAGUUAGAAGGUUUGCCUCCUGGAACUAAGGUGACUAUCCGAGCAUCUCUUGGAUCUUUUCAGUCAGUAUCAAGCAGUUCCACGUUUCAGUUAUCACCUAAAGCUAAAAAUACAACCACUAAAAAUCAUAAGUCUUAUACGAAUAAGUCAAAGGCAAAAUCAAAACCGACUACAUCGAAGAAGCAAAAUGCAUGGACCAACAGCAAAAAAAAAAAAGUCACCAAUACAGCAUUGCAUAAUCUAAGGUGUCGUGUAGGAGCUCACAAAUGCAUUGAGUGUUACUCGGAAAUAAAAGAUUUUGCAAGCCAUUUUCCUGCUUAUGUCCACUGUAGCUUAUGCAGAUACAACACAAGCUGUAGCAAAGCCUAUGUGAAUCACAUGAUGAGUUUUCACAGUGCUCGUCCGAGUAAAAGAUUUUGGAUCUAUAAGAAACAUACAGAAGAGCUACGAGGUGUGACUGUAGUAUGUCUUAAUUGUGAUUUCCUGACUGAUGUUUCUGGCUUAGAUAGCAUGGCCACACAUCUGAGUGAAAGCCACACUCAUACUUGCCAAGUUAUUAUAGACAAAGUUUCUGUAGAUAUCCCAGCUGCUGAACAAGUAUCUGACAAACCAGAGCAUGACUUUUCAGAUGAAACACAAGAAUGCAAUAGAAAUAAAACUACACAAGUUGCAUCAGUUGAAAAGAAUGAAGAAGACUCUUUGUCAAACACAGAAAAUGUUCCCAGUUUGGAACUCACUGACGACAGCUCAAAGAAUUCCUUGCAUGAGAAAGGAGCAUGUUGUGAUUCAGAUAAUAACAAACAGUUAGUAGAUGAGAAACAGAAAUGUAUUCAUGAUGAAAGUGAGUUGAAAACUUGCCGAAGUUCAGAUAAUAUUAUCUUGAAUGAGCAGACUAAAGUACGUAGCUUGGAUGAAACUACACUUUCAGCAAUGAACGUGAGAGACUUAAAACUAACAUUGGGAGAAGAUGUUAGUUUUGAGCAGUUCUUCAGAAAAAGAGAUGAACCCGAAUCUGUUAGUUCAGACAUUAGUGAACAAGGCAGUAUUCAUUUGGAGCCUUUGACUCCAUCAGAGGUACUAGAGUAUGAAGCUACUGAAAUUCUUCAGAAAGGUAAUGUUACACCUACAUCAAAGAAAGCUGGACAACUCUCUGAACAAACCGAUGAGACUUCUAAAGAAAGCAGUCCCAACAGAAUGGAAACAACUGUAAAUAAGACAGAUGAAAAUGAAGCGAGCUGAAAUUGUUAAUUUUAUUGUUUGUUAUAAAUAAUGGUAAGAACACCAUGGACCAUCCUGGAUGAGUGUGCUCGUUGAUGCUAAUUAUUAAAAAUGAAAAUGACGAGGGGAGAGGGAGUAGAGACUAAAGGAAGUUUUGCGUAUGAAGAUGGCACAUAUGUGUAUGUACAACUGAAUGUACAUCUACGAAAGGUAGCACGUGCAAAUAGAUCUUCCUGUCUCUUGGAUGUGAUAUCUUAUUAGAUUGACUAUUUGAAAGGAGGAAUAGAUUCUAAUUUUUAGUUAACUAGCCUGGGGUGAUGUGAUUUGUUUGCCAAGAAAAUAUUUCUUUAAAUCCAUCAUUGUGAAUAUUAUUGAAUAGUGGAAUUUGAUAUGAAUUCACUUCAGAUGCUGAAAUGAAGCACACUUGUAAUGAUGGUUAUUGGUCUGCCGAUGAUUUGGGUAAACAUAAACCUUUGGACUUGGUGUCACAUUCCUGUCUGUAAAAGCAUGUAAACAGAGAUAUAUGAUCUAUGCACCUCUGCACAGGUGUAGUACUGCCAGGAUGUAAGCUUACCUUAAUAAACUUUCAGUGAAAGUGAAAUUAUUACAAUAAAAAAUUUGUGGGGUAUUCAGUGUCCAGGCUGUGCAGAAAUACCGAACCUAAUUGUAUGAAGUAGAAGAUACUGCUGAAAAUACUGUAGCUUUUAGGCUUUUACCGUUGUUUAGCUGCUACGUCCUUAGCUGUAGACCCAUAGCAAUGGUCUGUCACACCAAAGUAUGGUUUAAUGUAAAAACUGCUAUAAUCGAAAAGAACCCCGAACUGGAAACACUAAUUGGCGUGCAUUCUGCGAUUUGACAGCUGCUACUGGCUGUUAAAAAAGGAUAUAAGGGCAUAUAAAGUAGAAUUGUACAGUUCUAUUUCAGGACUUUUUGUAGUCUAAAUUGUGUACAGAAAGAUGGCUGCUGCUUUUCGUUUGGUUUUUUUUUUUCUAUCUUCUAGUUAGCAGCUAGAUGUAGGAAUGCAUAUAAUUAACGGUAGCUUGCUCUAAUGACUUCUUUGCUCCAUUUGAAACACUCAGAAUGUGCUUUUGGCUUACAGUUUUGUUUCUAAUGAAUGUUAAAUGUUUCGAACAGCUGUUAAAGCGCUGCUGUAAAUUAUUACUUUUUGAGUAAAUAUUUGCAACAAAAUUUUGUCUUUUGUGCAUAAUUUUAUGCUCAGCUUGAAACUUUGGGCAUAGUCUUCUCAUGUUUUUUUAAAUAUUUAGCGACAGCUCCCCAAACCUAUUUCAUUCAAAUUGUUAAUUUGAGACUUGUGAGGGGGUUUGUUUGGUUGGGGGUUGGCAUUUUUAGAAUGAAAUGAACAAGUGCCUACACAUAAACAUAUUUUUGUAUGUGUGUAUUGUGGUAAGAUAUUCUAAUUUUUCCAGGUUAAAUAGAGAUAUUUUUCUGGGCUAUCAGCAUGCAACUGAAGUCUGCUCUGUUCUCCUAGGUUAACUGGGCUUAGCUGCUAAAUGAGUCUACUUAGCAACAGUAUUAAAAUUUCAAGACCAUCCAGCUUAUUGUUGGAGCAUCUAAAUAAACCACAUCAAUCUCAACAUCUUAAAAAUUGCUUCAAACUCAAUAUGACUUGAAUUUUGAAUUGCAUCCUAAUUUUCAUCCAUGCAGGUUUUAGAAGACUUUUUUAAAAAUAAAAUGGAACAGUUUACAUAGUCACAGCUCUUCGAGGUCUACCACUUUAAAAACUUCAAGACACACGAAAAAGCUGAGAGCAAUAAGUUGUAGUUCUUUAAAGAUUUUAGUGAAAUCAUUAUCUUGAGGCAUGAUAAACCAAUCAGAUUUCCACAUGUACGUGCAUGAAGACUAUUAUAAAACACACCAUCAGAGGACAGUUUGAAGGACUUAAGUAACUAUGGAACUUGAUGUGUGUGUUAUUGAAGGAAUUCCUGAAUGCAUCUGCAUUUAAACGCUGAGAUCUCUACAGUAUUUUCAGUCUUAUUUAUGAUCUUCCAUGCAAAUGAUAUAUUUUGAAUAACGCUCUGAUAUGCGGUGUUGGAAAAGAUUAAGCUCAUCUGGAACCAGUUGUGUAAUACUUGCUUGUAAGUUUCUCACGUUUGCCUUUUAUUAUGUAAUUAAAUUUUUAAAACAUUUACUGUUUUAAUAAUAAGAAUUUGGAAUAAUUUGGCCACAUACUGUUGAGAAAAGCUGGAAAAUAAAGCUCAGAUUGGUAAACCUGCGU